GGUCAAUAUUUCAGUUAAGGUAGAUCGUGUACGUUGGUCGGUUUAAACUUUGAAAACAGUUUGAGGGUUAUUUGUUUUAACAAUAAGCGUGAAAGUGUGGAUACAUUGGAUAUUCAUUAGUCUAGAUACAGAAAUGGAGUGAUAGUCAACUGGAAAAAAGACGCGUCUGGAAUAAGUGAAAACGUUGUUUUUUUCUUUAAGGCGACGGGAAAAGGAUCAGAAUUUUAGCAUCAGCAGCUGACUGAGAUGGACUCGCGGUUAACCACACCCCGGCGGUCGGAGAGCUUCCGAUCAGCAACAAAUAAGCUUGACAUCUCCUAUCAGUCGGCGGUUAGCGCGACUCCUGGCGGUCUCACAUACGGAACACUUCGAGAGAGGGCACUCGCUAGGCGUGUUUUCUUCGAGGAUGCGUCGUUUCCCGCCAAUGAUACGUCCCUGGCCAUCAGAUACAAGUCGUUCUCGGAACCCAUCGAGUGGAUGAGACCCCAUGACAUUUCCAAACGACCAAAAUUCAUAUCCAAGAAUCCUGGAAAUUUCGCUGUGCAGUCUGGCUCCCUCAGUGACACGUGGCUACUUCCUGCUUUCUCCUGCCUGACGGUGGCUCCGACGCUCAUCCGGAAGUGUAUCCCGGAGGAGCAGGCGUUUAACGAACAGUACGCUGGCAUCUUCCGGUUCCGGUUUUGGCGUUAUGGGGAGUGGGUGGAGGUCGUUGUGGAUGACCGCCUCCCCACACAUAAAGGGCAGCUGAUUUUCCUGAGAAACUCUGAUCCAAAUGAAUUCUGGGCACCCCUUUUGGAAAAGGCUUAUGCCAAGCUGUACGGCUCAUACUCAGCGAUCCACGGAGGCCAGCUUCAUGGGGCACUCCAGGACCUGACAGGCGGCGUGACGGACACCUUCCAGUUCCGGGAGCACGCCACAACCUUGCAGCGCGUCAUCGACCUCUCUAUGUGUCGUGCCACGCUCAUGGCCGCCACUAUAGCGGCUCCGGUCGGCUCCGUCCCUCAUCGCCAGCUUCCGAACGGCCUCGUCACCGGAAGAGGUUACUCAGUCACAGGCUAUGCGGAGUUUCCUCACGAAGGCUCUAACGUAGUUUUGGUCCGGCUUAGGAACCCAUGGGGACCUGCAGAAUUCAAAGGGGCGUGGAACAGACAAUCUGGUUUAUGGAGCAAAGUUCCAGACGAUAUAAAAAAAAGGCUAGGUUUCAGUGAUCUCACAGACAAUGAGUUCUGGAUGCCAUUCUCGGAGUUUUCCAAGCUGUUCACGAGCCUGGAGCUGUGUCACCUGCCACCGGAAGCGUGGAACAUGGAGCCGCGCAUGCGCCACCGACACCCCUGGAAGGCCGCGGAGGCACAUAGACAGUGGCGGAAGGGAUACAACGCCGGAGGAGGCCUCAACUCACAAAUAUUCCAAUGUAACAACCAGUUCUACAUGGAGCUGCAAAAACAGUCCAACGUGAUAUUAUCGCUCAUGCAGAAGUACCACUCAUUUGGGCAGCAAAACAACUUUAUACCAUGUGGACUGUUAGUCUUCCAGUCGCCAAAGGGUCGAAUAAACCGUCUCCCCGCGGGCCAUUUCGCGACCAGUAAGCCGAUAGCGACCGUCGGAAUCCUGGCAGAGCGGGACAUGGUUAGCUUUUCCACUCUCCCCGCCGGCGGCUACGUGGUCGUGCCGUGUACUGCACGUGCUGGGCUCGAGGGGAAGUACUGUCUGCGCAUGUUCACCGACGACAAGGAUGCCGUCAUCAGGGAACUAGAUGAGCCAGACACGUGUAUAGCCUCAUAUGUCGAUAGACAUUUGGACUCGGACACGAUGUACAUACUGAGGAGCCGGUUCCUUAUGUUCUGUAACAGGUACGAGGAGAUCGACGGUUACGGUCUCCGUCAGAUGCUGUGUCACAAACCUUCCGCCUCCACCGCCAGUUUACUCUGUUGUGAACCGGAAAAACUGGAUAUGAGCAUCGAAAGGUUAUUUCUCUCAGCAGAAACUUGCAAAGCUGCCGUAACCAUCGAAGAUAAAGACAUGAACGGUCGCCUGAAUUACAUCGAAUUCCUGUCACUUCUACAGAAACUUCUUCUCUGGCAGAGGAUAUAUAAGAAGUAUGCAGUUGGCAACGGCUCGGUGAUAGAUUCCUAUUCCCUCAGGAAUGCAUUUAAACUUGCAGGAUUUACGUUAAGUAACCGCGUGCUCGAGGCCCUCGUGCUGAGGUUCUCCGCCAAGGACUACACGAACCUCGAGGGUUUCAUCAACGCCGUCGUUAAGCUGCACGUGGCGCACCAAGUUGUGAAACUAAUAGAGCGACACAGGCAGGUGUCGGCCGACCAGCCGGGCAUGACGGACGCCGAAAAUCGGAAGUACCUUCAAGAGCUUCUACGAGCGGCCAUAUACUCGUGACGAUGCGGCGUUAGUGGCGGUGUUGGCGGACAGGAAUGUGACAUGUAUUGAUGAAUGCUAUAUGUAUAUGGUAGAGGUUAAAUGGUCAAAGAUGGAAUGAUGCCAAGGUUGUAUUGGUGAAGAGUUUUCGAAAAGACAAAAUGAAAUGUGGAUAGUUGUGAAAAUCAAACGAAGCAGGUGGCUAAAGAAGACUUCUACGUUCCGUGAAUGAGAUGGGGAAUAGCAACAACGAUGUGUGUUUUGUUCGUUGAACAUUUAUUUAGACAUUUUUGUACACUAAACACACAUAAAAAUACAAGUAUAAAAAGGUACAAUGUACAUAAUUGUAUAUAAAACACUUAUAGCGGCGCUCGGAGUUUGAAAUUAACAAUGGUUUUUCUAUUGCGAGGUUAUUUCUGAUAACUUGUAUUGCAUAAAGUAACUCAUUCCGUGAAAUUCCGACCAUGUAAAUGGUACUAGUAUUUAUAUCCCUUGUUAACCAAGUCAAGAAAUGUUUGAUGGGGAAUUUAGGACGCAAGUGCUAAUUUCAAACCCCGUUGGUAAUAUGUAUAUAACAAAUAUAGCUGUAUGUAUUUGUUUGACAAUAAAUGGUAACAUAUCUGGA